AUGCCGUCUGUGAAGCUCUCAAACGGCGUUGCCAUGCCGCAGCUUGGGCUUGGUGUCUGGAAGUCCGCCCAGGGCGAGGAGACGGUGCAUGCCGUGCAGUGCGCCGUCAAGGCCGGGUACCGCCACGUCGACACUGCCGCCGUGUACAAGAACGAGGAGAGCGUUGGCAAAGGCAUUGCUGCAUGCGGCGUCCCGCGUGAGGAGAUAUUUGUCACGACGAAGUUGUGGAACGCCGACCAGGGCUACGAGCAGGCACAGAAGGGCUUUGCGACAAGCCUGAAGAAGCUCGGGCUGACCUACGUCGAUCUCUACCUCAUUCACUGGCCGGGGAAGGACAAGUACUUGGACUCCUGGCGCGCCAUGGAGAAGCUCUACGAGGAAAAGAAGGUUCGCGCCAUUGGCGUCUCCAACUUUCACCAGCACCACCUUGAGAACUUGCUGAAGCACUGCAAGGUGCCUCCCAUGGUGAACCAGAUCGAGCUGCACCCGCUCAACAAUCAGAAGGAGCUGCGUGAGUACUGCAAGGCUAAGAAUAUCGCCGUCACGGCCUGGUCCCCACUCGGACAGGGCAACCUCCUCGCGGAUCCCAAGCUGAAGGCCAUCGGCGACAAGUACGGAAAGACCCCGGCGCAGGUCAUACUGCGUUGGGACCUGCAGCACGGCGUCAUCACCAUCCCCAAGUCGACGCACGAGGACCGCAUUGUGGAGAAUUCCAAGGUCUUUGACUUUGAGCUGAAGCCGGAGGACAUGGAUGCCAUUGACGCAAUGAAUACAAACCAUCGCUACGGCCCAAACCCGGACGAGUGUAUGCUUGACUUUCAAUGA